AUGCUCUCUGUAAUACUCUUCUUCGUAUUCAUUAGUACAGCUGCUGGUUGUUCUUGUACUUCAAGACCACCACUAGAUCGUGAUUUCAAACAAACACCGAUCAUCUUCAUUGGACGCGUGACCACGGUGAACGUGAAUAAACAGAGUGAAUUUUCCGGUAUUGCCGACUAUACAAUGAUCGUUGAAGAAGCAUUUAAAGGCAUUACAUCUGGCUCAAUAAUCGUCGUUCACAGUAACACUGCAGGAACCAAUUGCGGUUUGGCUGAGAUUACUGUUGGUGCACGAUGGCAAAUAUGGGUCUAUCAAGAUGGCUGGACAGAUAUGUGUACACGAAGCACACAUAAUUCUGAUGAAAAUCGUGCUGAACUGGAGAAACUUGCCAAAAGUCCUUGA